AUGGCCUUCGUUUCAAACGGCUCUGAAUACGAUUUCAUCGUCGUGGGCGGCGGUACGGCCGGCAAUGCUGUUGCAGGUCGUCUGGCCGAAAACCCCAACGUUCGAAUUUUGGUCGUUGAAGCCGGUAUUCCCAACCCGGACCAGAUCGAUGAAAUUACUACUCCUGCUAAGGCUUUCAACUUGCGCGGGAGCAAAUACGACUGGGCCUACAAGACCACGAUGAUCAAACGUGAUGACUACGAGCGCGUCGAAAAGCCCAACACCCGUGGAAAAGCUCUUGGGGGCAGCUCUUGUGCCAAUUACUUCACUUGGAUUCCCGGCUCAAAGCCCACCUUUGAUGACUGGGAAGCCUUUGGUGGCCCCGACUGGACGUGGGACAGCUGUGUGGACUAUCUUCGCAAGUGUGCGACGUAUCACGACGAUGAACAGCUUUAUCCUACCGACCUGGCCAAGAUUGGAUCUGGAGGCCCUGUGCAAAUUUCUCAUGCCGAAUUGGUCCCGGAGAUGAAGCCCUUCCGCGAUGCCCUCACUCAAGCAUGGGUUUCUAAGGGCCACCCUCUCACCGAAGAUAUCUUCUCCGGCGAAAUGAAAGGUCUCACGCACUGCGUGGAUACCAUCUACCAAGGCCAGCGACAGGGUAGUUUUCUUUAUUUGAAAAACAAGCCCAACGUGACGAUCCUUUACGGAGUUCAGUCAAAGCGCUUGAUCAUAGAUCCGGCUACAAAGAUCUGCUCUGGUGUCACUGUGACCAGCCAAGAAUUUGGCACCGAAAUCAAUGUUUAUGCGAGCCGUGAGGUCAUCCUGUCUCAGGGUGUCUUCGAGACCCCUAAGCUUCUGAUGCUUAGUGGUGUUGGUCCUGUCAAAGAACUGGCCAAACAUGAGAUCAAGCCUGUUUUGGAUUCUCCUCAUGUUGGUCAGCAUCUGCUCGACCACCCGAUUGUCCCCUUCGUUCUACAGAUUAAGGAUGGUUUCGGUCUUGACGAUCACAUACUUCGCUCUGGUCCUCUUAAUGACGCAACAAUUGCCAGCUAUAACCGUGAUAAGACGGGACCUCUCAGCUCUGGCCUCUUGGAACUUGUUGGAUUUCCACGUAUUGACGAGCGACUUGAGAAAUCCCCUGCUUAUCGGGAGGCAAAGGCUGCGAAUGGCGGGUUGGAUCCAUUCGGACCAGCAGGCCAGCCUCAUUUCGAGCUUGAUUUCGUUGGAAUGUUCAGCACAGCGUUCCAGUGGCAUUACCCAGUUCCUGAGAAGGGGAAUUACAUGACCGUCAUCGUGGAUCUGCUCCGACCUCUAUCCGAGGGUGAAGUAACCCUGAACAGCAACAAUUCGCAGGUGCAGCCGAACAUCAACCUCAACUUCUUCGGCAAUGAUUUGGAUAUUAUGGCCAUGCGUGAAGGUGUCCGCUGGACAUAUGAUGUUCUCACCAAUGGUGUUGGCUUCAAGGAUCUUGUCCUUGGGGAGUAUCCUUGGAAAAUGCCCCUUCAGUCUGACGAAGAGAUGAAGAGAGCUGUUCUGGACCGCAGUCAGACUGGAUUCCACCCAUGCGGUACUGCCCGCCUCUCGAAGAAUAUUCACCAAGGCGUGGUUGACUCGAAGCUUCGCGUUCAUGGAAUUAGCAACUUGCGGAUUGCGGAUGCCUCUGUGAUCCCUGUUAUCCCUGAUUGUCGUAUUCAAAACUCGGUCUAUAUGAUCGGCGAGAAGGCGGCGGAUAUGAUCAAGUUUGCGCACAAGGAUCUUUAUGAGUCUCAGAACAUUCCUUAUAUCGGCUCCAGCAAACUCUGA